ACCGUGCGUCGUGCCGAAGAUUGUACCUCGAUGACCGGUGCUCAAUGUUUUCGGUGAAUUUCGGUGCGUUUGAACACAAGUGACGGGUAUGAAUGAUAGUGUCCUCCAAUUGUUCUUGUGUGAUGCCCCCCUGUGAUUUUUCGUGUAGAAUUGUCCUCCAUGCGCAAUAAAUUCUGCGUCCCCCUCGAACAACAGAGUUAGUUUGAAAUGUCGGAGCAUCACCCAGGAGGCUGGGGCGGCCGACACGACCAGGGGAUGUGGUGGAGCCCCGAUCAUCAGCAGUCGAUGCACCAGCAUCAGCAGAUGAUGCAGCAGCAGAUCGCUCAGCAGCAACAGCAGCAUCAGGAGCAGAUUCUGGCUGCUAGCACGGCUGCUUCGCAGUCACAACAGCUGUUUUCUUAUAAAAUGGCCAAUAGUUUCGAAAAUCCCCAGAUGCAUGUGUCGAAUGUACAUAGUACGUCUCCUGUGGGAGCGCAGGGGAUUCGGGAAUAUGAUUACAGACACGGCGGUGGCAAUCCUACUAUGUCAAUGCCGUCUCCGGCGGCGCAAUGGUGGUAUCCGCCAUCCACGAUGGAGAAUAUGCAUUCUUCAAUGUUAUCGCAGCAACAACCCCCUCAACAAACCAUGGCACCUGUACAGUCACCCUCUCCUACGCAGUCAGAAGCUCAUGCUAGAUUAGAAGAAGCACAGCGUCAACAGCAGCAUCAAGAAGCCGUUCAAAGGCAUCAAGAGGCUCAGACGCAACAGAACGAAGCUAUCCACAGAUACCACCAAGAGCGGCAGCGUCAAGCAGAAGCUCAGCACGCCGCCUUGCAACAACACCACCAGGCACUGGUAGAUGCUCAGCAGAGGCAUCAUCAGCAGUUGAACAACCACCAUUCGCCGCACCACCAGUCGAUUUUGCAUCAACAGCAGAAUCAGCAACAGUUGCAGCCAGUAGCUACCAAAGGCAGAAUGCCGCGCGCAAAAGCUGAUGCCAGGCCAAGGGGCCGUAUGACUGCGUAUGCCUUCUUCGUGCAGACCUGCAGGGAGGAACACAAGAAGAAACACCCUGAAGAAAAUGUUGUGUUUGCUGAGUUCUCGAGGAAAUGCGCAGAUAGGUGGAAGACCAUGUUGGACAAAGAAAAGAAACGUUUCCAUGAAAUGGCCGAAAAUGACAAAAAAAGGUACGACUCUGAAAUGCAGAAUUAUACUCCCCCCAAAGGAGAAAAAACCAGGGGCAAGAAGAGGAAACAAAUCAAAGAUCCUAAUGCACCAAAACGUUCCUUGUCAGCGUUCUUCUGGUUCAGUAAUGACGAACGUGGCAAAGUUAAGGCACAAAACCCCGAAUAUGGAGUUGGUGAUAUUGCUAAAGAACUUGGUAGAAGGUGGGCUGAUGCUGAUCCAGAAAUCAAAGGAAAGUUCGAAGCUCUAGCAGACAAAGACAAACAAAGAUACGAAAGAGAAAUGACUGCAUAUAAAAAGAGGAAUAAUCCAUCAAUGCAAGCCCAGCCAGCACCUGUACCUGAAAAUGACGAUGAAGGAGAUGAUGAUGACGUAGACGAUGACGAAGACGAUUAAAUGGUAAAAAAGACCUCUCAUCGUUACCUCAUUUUUAGCAACGCCUUCAUUUCAUUCCUAAAAAUGUACAUAUAAUUAAUGGCAGUGUUUUGUGUUCUUUUUACCUGCGUCGUCUAUGUGUACUUACAAGUAAUGAGAAAAAAAAUUAUAUCGGUAAAAACAGAAAAGUGCUAGUGGAACAACUUCCCGAAAUAGGUUCAGCGGUCAUAGUAAGGAAUCAAUACAGUGAUGUUCAUUGCCAUAACACAUGCCCUCAGUUUUUUCAUAGUCCAUGUAUGAAAUCAUCUAUUAUUUCUCAUUAAUGUGUGUGAAAUGCUAGGUUACAUAAUUUCUUCUAGUUGUAUUGCGAGGAUGCAACUACUGUGAAUAUACACCUUAUUUCCAUUUUGGAAUUUUAAAUAUGUAAUAUUAUAUUUUUAUGGUUUGAUGAAAAUCCUAAGGUUCAGAAAAUGUAUAUUAUUGAUAGGAUUGACCAUUUUUUUUAUUUAUUAGAAAAAUUUAUAAUGAAUAAUGAUUUCCUUUUAUAUUAUAUUCGAAUCGUGAAGAUUUUCAAUUUUUUUUUAUUACUGUUUUUCGUGAAGAAUAUUGUUAUUCGGAAAAAGAAAUUGUACUAUGUAAAACCAUUUGAUGAAUUUAUUAUUCAUAAACUUAAAGUUGAUCCGUUAUUAUUAUAUUGAUGAAUCUUAAAUUAAUGAUUAAUAAAAGUUUGAUAACAAA